AUUCUGCCCGAAGACGAUUGGUCACAUGAUUAACUAUUCUUCAAAAUGGCUGCGCCCAGUCCUGGUGGUAGCAUCUUUGCAGGAAGGCCUAGAACAGGCUCAACAAAAUUCCCUCCCACUCAAUUAGAUGCAGACGGUCGAGAAGUUGAGGUUGAGACCAGGGAAGAUGAGGAGCAAAAUGUUAAACUACAACAGACGAUUGAGUUGCUCCUUGCUGCAGGGUAUUUCAGAGCCAGAAUCAAGGGGCUUUCUCCCUUUGACAAGGUGGUUGGUGGCAUGACGUGGUGUAUCACCACCUGCAACUUUGAUGUCGAUGUGGACCUGCUGUUUCAAGAAAACUCAACGAUUGGUCAGAAAAUAGCUCUAACAGAGAAGAUCGUGGCUGUAUUACCAAAGAUGAAGUGUCCACAUCGUAUCGAGCCUCAUCAGAUUCAAGGCCUGGACUUUAUUCACAUAUACCCGGUUGUACAGUGGCUGGUGAAACGUGCUAUCGAGACCCGAGAGGAGAUGGGUGACCAGAUCCGUAUGUUCUCUGUGUCUCAGUUCAACAAGAACUAUGCUACUCCCGAGGAUCAAGCUUUUGAAGAAGUGAAACCCAAAGCUUUGUCAACUGUUGGGGGAGUAAAGGAUGUGUACAAGCCCCAGCGGCAGUAUCGCCGUAGCGACAAUGCCAAGCUUAGAAAUGAGGAGACGAGGGUCCACUCGACACUUCUGGAGUAUGGCAGGCGGUAUGGUGUGAGCAAGACGCAGAAGGAGGAACAGGAAGAUGAGAAAGCAGCAAAGAAAAAGGCUGUGGCUGCUGGGUUGUCAGGGCAACAGGUGCCUGAGGCCACUGAGGAAACACAGGAAGAGGAAGAGCGUCGAAUCAAAAUGCUGAUGAGUGACAUGAUGGCAACAGGCGCCCUUGAGGGCAAGCUAACGGCAGGUGCUGUUGGGUCGAUCGUGGGCAUGCAAUCAGAGGAGAUCCAGCAGAUUGCAUCUGAGUAUGCAGAGAAACAAGCUGAGAUAGAACAGAUUGAGAAGACGGAGCGUGUAGGUGGCGCUCAACAACACAAGCGAGUCACCACUGCCCUCCGGAAACAGAUUGAACAACAGAAGACAAAGCUGGAAGAGGUAACAGCAAAGCAUGCAGAACUUCAUCAAACCUACCUGGACACCCAGACGAAGCUCAAGGAGGUGCAAGACAAGAGUGAAGCUAUCGACACUGAAAUGGAGAAACUUGCUGAGGUUGAAACAGAGGAGAAUCAGGGAAUCCUGACCAGCCUGAGGUCACUGGUGGCCAUGAAUGAGAACCUCAAGAAGCAGGAGCAAGAGUUCAAGGCCCAUUGCAAGGAGGAGAUGGCACGACUGAAGGACAACAUCAGUCGGUUGAAGGAAGACAUAGAUGAAGAUGACUCUGAGGAUAAGGCUCGAGCUGGACUGAUCGACAAGCAGUACAUCGCCGACAAGGAGAAACUCCAUAAGAUACGUCUGCUGCUGGCCCGGAAGAAUCGUGAGAUCGCCGGCCUGCAGCGGAACAUAGAUGAGGUUCCAACUCGGGCCGAACUCAGUCAGUAUCAGCGCAGAUUUGUGGAGCUGUACAGCCAAAUUGCAGCCAAGCACAAGGAGACGAAGCAGUUCUACACACUGUACAACACUCUCGAUGACACCAAACUCUACCUGGCCAAGGAGUUCAACCUGCUGAACUCCAUCCAUGAUAACUUUUCUCAAGCGAUGUCAUCUCAGACCAACAAGGACCAGUUCCUCAAGCAGUUUGAGCAGAUUGUGGAAGGGGUGAAGGGCAACAGGGCCAAGGUGGAGAAGAAGAAACAGGAGGAGAAGAUGAAGAGGGACCGUCUGAACGAUGACUAUCUGAAUCUGGUAGAGCAGCAGAGACUGUACUUCAAGACUGUGAAGGACUUCAAGGAGGAAUGCCGCAGGAAUGAAACUCUCCUCCGGAAGAUGAAGGGAUGAAGAACGGACACAAACAAUUUGUCCUGAACGUGUGCAAUGUGAUAUGUGACGAUUAUAAUGAUUUCUUACUAAUGCAGGCAUACAACCAAACGAGGUCGCCAUCUUGUCCUAGAUAUGAAUACAUUCCACCAGUUAAGGGAGGUGAACCAAGUAGACAGUGUUUUCUUCUGUAGGAAUUUUCUUCCAACAUUACCCUGACUAGCCACAAUGAAAGACUAUCCAAAGUAUUAAAAUCAAAUUUGUAACUCAAAAUGCCAAUACUCAUCUGAUCAGCUCAUGGUAACCUGACAUUUAGUCUUUGAGUACAUGUACCUUAUAUCACCACAUAUAAGGCACUGAAUAUAUACGGCGAUGCCCCCCAGACCCACCUUCUCAGCCCCGCCCCCUCACCUCCACCCUCCAUCCCCCACCUCCUUGUACACUCAGGGCUGUGGGGUAGUCUAGUGGUUAAAGUGUUUGGUCAUCACGCCGAAGCCCGAGUUCAUUUCCCUAGUUUAAUUUCCCUCCCCUGCUGUGAAAUUGCUGGAAUAUUGCUAAAAAUGGCAUAAAACACAACUCACUCACUCCUUGUACAAACCCUCAAAAUCAAUGCUAAUUCAUCUGCCCCGUCAAGGAACCAAACCUGUAAUGUGAGAUGUUCAACCCUGACCCACCAUCAAAUCCAACUAAUUCUAGCUACGAAAGGCUUGCCUCUUAUACAGUAAUCUUGAUAGAGACAAACACUUCCAUUUAAAUUAAAAAGGAGCCCCAGUGAGAUGGGAGCCUGAAUCUGGAGAAACCUAGACUUGCUUCAUCAGGGACUUCAGCAUUGGUAGGCA